AUGGGAAAACAAAAAGGUAAAAAUGUAUCAACACAUGAGUUAAUGUUAACAACCAUAUCUGAUGUUGUUAAACAAUUAAUUGAUGCGUAUGAACAAGGAAAAGAUAUUGAUUUAAACAAAGUUAAAUGUAAAGCAUCAGCUAAAUAUGGACUCAGUUUACAACCACGUUUAGUUGAUAUUAUCGCUGCAAUACCAGAAACAGCUAGUGGUAUUGUAGUUGUUGCUGUUAUGUGUAAACCUCAUCGAUGUCCACAUAUUGCUAUGACUGGUAAUAUAUGUGUAUAUUGUCCUGGUGGACCUGACUCAGAUUUUGAAUAUUCAACACAAUCAUAUACAGGAUAUGAGCCAACAUCAAUGCGUGCUAUUCGAGCAAGAUAUAAUCCAUAUCUACAAACAAAACAUCGACUUGAACAAUUAAAACAACUUGGACAUAAUAUAGAUAAAAUAGAAUUUAUAGUUAUGGGUGGAACAUUUAUGUCAUUACCUGAAACUUAUAGAGAUUAUUUUAUUCGAAAUCUACAUGAUGCUUGUUCCGGUCAUACAAGUAGCAAUAUAACAGAAGCUGUCAAAUAUUCCGAAUGUAGUAAAACAAAAUGUAUUGGUAUUACAAUUGAAACACGACCAGAUUAUUGUCUUAAAGCUCAUUUAAGUGAUAUGCUUACUUAUGGAUGUACACGUCUUGAAAUUGGUGUUCAAAGUGUUUAUGAAGAUGUUGCUAGAGAUACAAAUAGAGGUCAUACAGUUAGAGCAGUAACAGAAUCGUUUCGAAUGUCAAAAGAUUCCGGUUUCAAAGUUGUUUCGCACAUGAUGCCUAAUUUACCAAAUGUUGAUCUUGAACGUGAUAUUGCUCAAUUCAAAGAAUUCUUUGAAAAUCCAGAGUUUCGUCCAGAUGGUUUGAAACUUUAUCCAACACUUGUUAUUCGCGGCACUGGUUUAUAUGAAUUAUGGCGAACAAAUCGUUAUGCUAGUUAUUCUCCAUCAGUUCUUAUUGAUUUAGUUGCUCGUAUUCUUGCACUUGUUCCACCAUGGACACGUGUUUAUCGUGUUCAACGUGACAUACCCAUGCCACUUGUUACAUCUGGUGUUGAACAUGGUAAUUUACGUGAACAUGCUUUAGCUCGUAUGCGUGAUUUAAAUUUGGAAUGUCGAGAUGUUCGUACACGUGAAGUUGGUAUACAAGAAAUUCAUUUUAAAAUAAAACCUGAACAAGUUGAAUUGAUAAGACGAGAUUAUGUUGCAAAUGAUGGUUGGGAAACAUUUUUAGCAUAUGAAGAUCCUGAUCAAGAUAUAUUAAUUGGUUUAUUACGUUUAAGAAAAUGUACAAGUGAAACAUUUCGACCAGAAUUAAAACGAGGACAAGUAUCAAUUGUUAGAGAAUUACAUGUUUAUGGUAGUGUUGUACCUGUACACGCCAAAGAUCCAUCAAAAUUUCAACAUCAGGGUUAUGGUAUGUUACUAAUGGAAGAAGCGGAACGAAUCGCUUUAGAAGAACAUGGUUCAUGGAAAAUUAGUGUUAUAUCAGGUGUUGGAACAAGAAAUUAUUAUCGAAAAUUAGGUUAUGAACUUGAUGGACCAUAUAUGUCGAAAAUUCUUGGUCCAGAACCGAUAUUUCCUAUGUAUAGUCAACAAAAUAACAACGCCGAAGUGGAUGAUGAUGGUCGAGGACCAAUACGCCAACCGCAAUACCAACAACGUUCACGAAAUUUCUAUCGUAAACGACCUGGUAGUGGACGACAAAAUCAAGACUUAGGUGAAGAUGAAUAUCGAGCAUCAAAUGACGAUGACACACAACGAUCAAAUAAUUCUGAUGAUAAUAACAAUCAAGACAAUGAUAAUAUGAAUAAUUUUCGUGGUCGUGGACGUGGUGGUUUUCGAGGAGGCUUUCGACGUGGUCGUGGCCGAGGACGUUUUAAUCGUGGUGGACCAUUCUAUGGAAAUUUUCGCCGACCUUUUUCACCUUAUUCAAACUAUAUGAAUGGACCCGGAGGUCACUUUGGACCACCAUCACGUGGAUUCUAUGAUGCACCAUAUCGUGGUCGUGGUGGAUUUAACCAAGGAGAUGGUUACAAUCAAGGAGGUGGCUAUAAUCAAGGUGGUUAUAAUCAAGGUGGUUAUAAUCAAGGUGGUGAUUUAGAUGAACAAGAGAAUUUCAAUGAUUAUCCAGGACGUGGUUUCCGAGGCUUCCGUGGUGGUCGUGGACGCGGUCGUGGCCGUGGUCGGGGUCGUGGUUUUGGACGAGGAGGAAAAAAUGAAGAUGCUGAUAAUAAUCAAGAUGAAAAUAAUGCCGAUCAACAACAAAGUGGUAAUAAUGAAAAUAAUACAAAUAAUACUAGACGUCGUAGUCACAAUCGUAAUCAACGCCGUAGACGGACAAAUGAUGAAGGUUCAGGCACCGAACAACAAAAUGAUGGUGCUGCUACUGAUGAUCAACAACAAGAUGAAAAUAAAGGUUCUGCUCGUCAACAACGUCCACGAUCGAAUCGUCGACGAAAUCGUAAUACGAAUGCAAGUCAAAGUGGUGCAGAAACUGAAGAACGACAACCUCCAAAACCUAAAGAUGAUGAAACAAUAGUUAAAAACGUUGUUCGUAAUAUGGUUAUUAAAGUAGCACGCCGUUUAGCACCAAGAAAUCGUCGUCGUAGUCAAGCAAAUAACAGAGAAGGUGGUACAAACAAUGAUAACCAACAAAAUAACCAAGAUAAUGGUGAUGUCGAUCAAUCACAACAACGAUAUCCAAGACGUGGUCGAGGUGGUUAUCGUGGUGGUCGAGGCGGUUAUUUUAUGGAUCAAGGUUACUAUGAUCCAUAUGCUAUGUCAUCUUAUUAUUACGGAGGAUACUACGGUGGUUAUGGUGGACGAGGAUAUCGUGGUCGUGGUCGUGGCCGUGGUGGACGUGGCCGAGGACGUUUUCGUGGACGAGGAAAUAAUAAAGAAAAUCAAGAACCUCAAGAUGAUCAACAAAAUAACAGUGAAGAAAACAAAAACGGAGAAUCAAAUGCAGCCGGUGACGCACAGCGUCAACAAACUAAAUCAACAGUAGAUGAACAAGCUAAUCAGUCAUCAGCAACUGGUGAUUCUAGACAACAAUGA